AUGGGCUAUGUAUGUGCAGCCCCCUACCAUGGUGAUUCAUCAGUGACUCUUGAAGAGAAACAGGUUGAAAGACGACAAUUGGGCGAGACCGACAAACACCCACAUCACAUCAGGGGACUUCUUGUCAAGAGAAAAGGAAGAAGCAAGUCCGGGGGCGACCUAAAAGGGAAGGCGGUAUUUACUGCUACUAUUUUGGGCAAACUAACUACAAAAAUCGACCUUCAAUUCAAAGAUCUCGACGAAAUGGUUGCCGGAAAACAGAAAUUCGAUACAAGCAUUAUCAAUCGCAGAAUCGAUACGAUUAUUCGAGUACAAAAUCGGGCUUCGGGAGCUAGAGAGAAAAUUGGCGCAGGCUUCCCUCAAGUCAAGGAUACAAUAACCAAAGUCACUGCAGAUCAAGCCACGUACCUGAAAGAUAUUGACCAGCGCACAUUUCGAGAUGAAAAAGAUCCAAAACAGUUCGCACAGACACUUGAUAAGAUAAAGCAGACACGAAAAAAAGUAGUAGAUGCCGAUCAGAUAUUGAUGGAUGCUACAAAGGGCCGCUGA